AUUGUGGGAGUGAUUAAGGAAGUAAAAUGGCGGACCUGGCCAACGAAGAAAAGCCAGCCAUUGCGCCUCCUGUCUUUGUGUUUCAGAAGGAUAAAGCGCAAAAGUUCCUUGCAGAGCAAAAAGGGCAGUCGGAUUCAGGCGAGGACCCCCAGGGAGAAGUUGAGUCUCCUCACCGGGGGAUGGGUCACCCCCAGUCACCAGGGGAGUGCAGCUUUGAGGCACCUGCCCCCACAGUUGCUUGUGCCAGUGCUGAAGCCCACCUUGCGCCUAUUUCACAAGAACUGGCAGGGAGAUCAGCAGAUGAUGGGUCAAGUCCAGAAGAUGGAGAAGAGUCAGAUCGAGAGGAUGGGAAUUACUGCCCCCCCAUGAAGCGUGAAAGGACGUCCUCACUCACCCACUUUCCUCCUUCACAGUCAGUGACAAAGAACAAUGUCUUUAUGCCAUCAAGCUUCUGUGAACCUUCAGCAGGAAACUCUGACUCAGAACCAGAGGAAAAGAGCUCAGGAUUCCGACUCAAGCCGCCCACCCUUAUCCACGGCCAGGCACCCAGUGCAGGUGUCCCCAGCCAGAAACCGAAGGAACAGCAAAGAAGUGUGUUACGCCCAGCUGUGUUGCAAGCCCCACAGCCAAAGGCUUUCUCGGCAGUUCCGAACAGCGGGACCAAUGGUGUUAGCAUCCCUUCCAGUCCUGUGGCAGCCACACCUGAGUCCAUGAGUAACACGACGCUGAAAUCUCCUGACUCAGAGGAAAAGGAUAACACGUGUCAGAAAAUUGAGCCUCAUCAUGCUGCCGAGGCUGAGAAAUGCAAAACAGCUGAACAGAAUACACAGCAGUCAUUUGUGUUUGGGCAAAACCUAAGAGACCGAGUGAAGUUAGGAGAUGAAGGGGAUGACUCUGCUGACCGGCCAAAUGCCCGGCUCCCGAGCUCCGAGACUCCUCCAGCUACCAACUACUUCCUGCAAUACAUCAGCUCCAGCAUAGAAAACUCGACACACGGCACUGACGCUUCCAGCACCAAGUUUGUGUUUGGGCAGAACAUGAGUGAGCGGGUUUUGAGUCCACCCAAACUGAGUGAGCCUGGCACAGACAGUAACAAGGAGAACGCUGCUGGAGAUUCCGGCUCUGAAUCCUCUUCACAGGAAGCCACUCCAGAAAAAGCCAAUAAUAUUUCAGAGUCACUUGCUGAGUCUGCUGCGGCGUACACGAAAGCUACUGCCCGGAAGUGCCUACUGGAGAAGGUGGAAGUGAUCACUGGGGAGGAAGCAGAGAGCAACGUCCUGCAGAUCCAGUGCAAGUUGUUUGUGUUUGAUAAGACCUCCCAGUCCUGGGUGGAAAGAGGCCGAGGGCUCCUCAGGCUGAAUGACAUGGCAUCCACCGACGAUGGGACGCUGCAGUCGCGCCUCGUCAUGAGAACACAGGGCAGCUUGCGGUUAAUCCUGAACACCAAGCUUUGGGCACAGAUGCAAAUCGACAAAGCCAGUGAGAAAAGUAUCCGGAUCACCGCCAUGGACACGGAGGACCAGGGAGUCAAAGUGUUCCUCAUCUCGGCGAGUUCUAAAGACACAGGACAGCUCUAUGCUGCCUUGCACCACCGGAUCCUGGCCUUGCGGAGUCAUGUGGAGCAGGAGGAAGAGGCCAAAAACUCCGCACCAGAACCAGAGGUGACCCAGUCGAACGAGGAAGAUAGUGACGAUGAUGACGAUGGCUUGGCCCCGUCAGGAUCACCUGGAAGUGGCCCUCCCAACGAAGGUGAUGGACAAACGGGUGGGAGCACAUAGCAGCCCUGAACCGUCGUCCCCCUCCCCCCUCCGGCCUGGCCAGAGCCGUGGCAGCCAAGACCUUCUGGUGGAAUGUCCUGCUCCAGGCCAGCAAUCGAGGCACCGAGGCAUAUGAACUGUGCAUCCCUGUUCUGGUUUUUUUGUGUGUGUGUUGGAUUUUGGGGGAGGGGCUGGAUCAGUUGAAUCCAUAUUAAAAAGAAAAGAAAAAACAGCAGCAGACUGUGGGCAAAACUUGCUGGAUGCGGUUUGGGGACACCAAUGCUCAUCAUAUUGAUGAGUGGGAAGAAAUACCCUUUCCCCCACCCUGCUGUGAAUUGCUAUUAACUGUUAAGGCAUCGUGUGACUCACCACAGCCUGUUUGCGGGAUCUCCUGGCUCUCUCCUCUCCACCAUGGAACCUUCCAGUGCGGCCCCUACUUGAAUUUGUCUCCCUCCCCCCCCCCUCCUCAGCCCAGUGUCUGCCUCUCCCAUCACCAGCUCUCUUCUGCCCCAAGGCUCUGAAAUGGUUCCUCUCUCCAUUGGAUUGCAAACUACAAGACCCUCGUCUUUCAACUUCCAAUCCCGUGGAACUGUACAGAAGCCUGGAAGUGCUGCUUGCCUGACAGGCUGUGUUUUGUGUUUAGAUUUUUUUUCCACACAGAGAUUAAAAACAAUACCUGGACAGCCGUUUUCUGAGCUUAGAAGAGACUUUCAACUGGGAGCAGGGAGGGUGUGCUAACAGACCCUUCCUUUUUCUUCUUAUUAUUUGAGACUUCUAUUGUGACAACUUUUUUAUUUUAGUUUUAUAUGAGAUACUCUAGUGUGAUGAGCAAGUGAGCCCCCUUCUGUUUUGUACUGUUCUGUUACUAUUUAAGGGAGAGCUAAGCCACUCUAGAUGUGUGCCUGCACAUGCGCGCGCGCACACACAAAACAGGUGUUAAUGUACCAGGCUGUGUGUUGCUCCUGCCUCGUAACCUCCCAAUCUCACCACGGUGCUUAACAGCUGAGUAGGACGCAGCAGUCUUCUCUUUUCAAGAACACAGAUGCUGUUUUGGUGGAGCGGGGCCAACUGCUGAAACGCUGCUGCCAUCCCAUCCUCUCACUACAAGCUCGUGUCUUCUGCCAGUGAGGGGCUUCAGUUUGUGCCUAAAUUGGAGCUUCCCAAGCAGGGGGCUGCCCGCCCAUCAGAUGCAGAUGCCCUGAAUAUGCCCCCUUAGAUCUUUCUGCUGUCGUCCUUUUGGGGAGGUCUUGACCUCUGAAGAAUCAUGGCUAGCUUUGUCUUGGUUGCCCAAAUAACCCCAGUGGUAUGAGCAGCAUCUUUCAGGAAAAGACCCUCUGCCUGAACAUGCAAGCACUCGCCAUUGCUAGUUGUUGGAGGGCAAGGCCUCCCUUGCACCAGGGGCCUGGUUGUGGGGGGAGGGGGAUUCUUCCGUCCUCUCUAAUCAGCAGCAGAGAAGCCCUUGCAGGGGCUUACGUAAUCCUCUUUGCUGGAUCCUGGCCACCCAUGUUUGCAUCCUUGCCCAAAACAAGACAGAUCUUUUUGCCCAGAAAUGUUCUAGAAGCAAUUUCAGCAGCUUUGUAUUCUGUGUGGGCUUUUCCUCCCAUUGUUCAUAUACGUUUGUUUUGGAUUCCACCCCCACCCCCCACCCUUCCCCAACUUGAUGAAGGAAGAAGACGUAGGGGUGGUGGCCAGGGUUAGCUAUCUCACCCCUUCUCUACAUGUUGUCUGUCUUAACCAGGCCUUAUUUCCCUUUUCAAGAAGCUGCCUAGUAGCUAACAAGUUUCUUUGGCUAAGCAAAGAGAGAAAACGGCAGAUUCCGCUGUAUCUGUCUCCUUUUGCCCCCUUCCUUCUCCAAACCUCCUCUAGUGUUUAAUUUCUUUUCCCAUAUAGAGUGAAACUAGCCAGCUGCAGAGAAGUCUGGAUGGAUUGUGAAACUCGUGGGCACUGGUUUGUUAAAUAUGUGGGGGGUGGGGCGCUUGUAUCAAGGAGACUAAACCUUUGGACAGCUUUAAACUGGUAAAAUUGAAAUGUGGUGGCAUUCUGAUGUCUAGUAUUUAAAUAGGGGGAGGAGGAGCGAGCCCCUAAAGCAGUUUACUCUGGCAAAGCGGGUGUGUUAGGGGUGGGAUGGGGGGGGUCUGCUUCCUGAGAACAUCUGGGAUUGCCACGGGGUUAUUUUUAGUAUGUUCACAUGUGAGAGUUGUGGGAAUGACUUUGGAGGCAUCAGCAGAAAGCAACUGUAGGGGUUGGGGGGCAGCUGCUUUCUCCAGAACUUUUUAACACUUGGAUGUUGAAACAAUUCCCCAUGGACUUAGUUCUUAUAAAUCUGGCAGCUAUUUUUGAUGUGGCAGUUUGGAUCCAGCAGACUCACCUCAGGCAAAGCAAAGGAGAUUCCACGUUGCUUCUGGAGUAGCCACAGACCCUCUUUUGGGAACUUCGGCAUGUCAGAAAAACCUUGCGGUGGCUUUUUGGAGAAGGAGGGUCAGAUGGGCCAGAAACUGACUUUAUUAACGUUCUUUUCUGCUUCAAGCCGUAGCCAACUAGUGACGAGUAAAAACCAGACAAUGCCCGUGUGUUUUGGAAGAUUUCUGUAUGAUGGUCAUAUCAGAUGUAUUUGGGAAUUACAUUAAAACUUGUAACAAAUCA